AUGGUACGAGCAAUGUCAGAAAAAUUUGACAAAUAUUGGGGUGAGGAGAAUUUCCUUAUGGCGAUUGCUAGCAUCAUGGAUCCCAGGAUAAAGUUUUUUAUGAUUACUUUGGCAUUUCCCACUUUAUAUGGUGAAGAAAAUGCCCCUGUGGAGAUAGAAAAUGUCAAAAAGGGGUUAGAAAAAUUAUACGGAGAAUAUGUUGACAUGUUGUCAUCAAGAAAUUCAUCAACCGCACUUGCACAUCCACAACAUCAGCCAAAGACCCAACAAGCACCAUCAAGUACAUCAGGUAAAUCAUCAAGCUCUCGAUAUUCAGAGACUAGACAUUAUAGUCCUGUAUAUAGUUGGAUGGGUUUGAAGGAUCAUAAGGAGAAAACAUACUCAGGAGAAACUAAGAAGUCUGAGUUAGAAAUGUAUUUGGACGAACAUUGUGUUGAGAUACCUGAGGAUGUCAACUCAGCGGACUUUAAUGUGCUUCACUGGUGGAGAGACAAUCAAUAUAAGUAUAAAGUGCUUUCACAAAUGGCAGUCGAUAUUUUAGCAAUUCCUAUUACAACAGUGGCUUCGGAGAGCGCAUUUAGUGCGGGUAGUAGAGUGAUAGAUAUGUACAGGUCAACUCUAUCUCCAGAAAUAGUCAACAUGCUUAUGUGUGGAGCUGAUUGGAUGAGAACACGUUAUAAUAUGAAGAAACAAGAUGAGAUUGAAGUUGAAAACGAGAUUGCUGAGAUUAUCUUGCCAAAUAAAUUAUGA